UCGUUUCUUUGUUGAAUAACCCUCUGCAAAUGAUGAUUUGGAGUCUCUACCCAUGUUGAUGUACUCUCCAGCUGCAUCUCUCCUUGGUGCCUUAGUUUGGUGAUCUUGCUCGAAUUAUGUAUGUUGGUGGAGAACAGAUUGCCGGAUUCCACAAAACAAGGACAAGGGUCCCUUGUUGAAUUAGCUGAGGCGCACCCCGCACAUGUCUUGCGAGAAACGCGUUGAAGAAUUAGACAAGUUUUUUGUUGGUCACUCACUUCUUUAGCGAACGCUUCAACGGCAUUAUUUCCCGGCUUAAAAAAUAUAUUACUCUCUAUACCAUUCAUUCAUGCAUUUCUCUCUCUCUCUAGUCUCUACAUCUUUUGAUCCCUUAAUUUCUCUGUUAACCCAUUUCUCCCUUUACAUUUAUCUUUGAGAAUCCCAUUUCUUGGAAUUUUAGGGUUGGGGUUUCCUCCUUUGUUUCUUUCAUUUGUGUGUGUGAUUCUUCUUGGCUACAGAAAUGUGUGAUUGAGAGGAAUUGGAGAAAGCCCAUAAUUCCAUUUUCUUGAUUAAUAGAAGAAAAAUCAGGUCUUCUUUGAAGAUCUGAGAAAAUGAGUGCAUCUAGGUUCAUAAAGUGUGUCACCGUUGGUGAUGGUGCAGUUGGCAAAACUUGUCUCUUGAUUUCCUACACCAGCAAUACUUUCCCCACGGAUUAUGUGCCAACUGUGUUUGACAAUUUCAGUGCAAAUGUGGUUGUCAAUGGGGCAACUGUCAACUUAGGGUUGUGGGAUACUGCUGGACAGGAGGAUUACAAUAGGCUAAGACCUCUGAGUUAUCGUGGAGCUGAUGUUUUCAUUUUGGCAUUCUCUCUCAUCAGUAAAGCCAGUUAUGAAAAUGUUUCCAAGAAGUGGAUUCCUGAGUUAAAGCAUUAUGCCCCUGGUGUCCCUAUAGUGCUUGUUGGAACAAAACUCGAUCUUCGGGAUGAUAAGCAAUUCUUCAUUGACCAUCCUGGUGCUGUGCCAAUUACUACUGCUCAGGGUGAGGAGCUGAGGAAGACAAUUAAUGCACCUUCCUACAUUGAAUGUAGUUCAAAAACACAGGAGAAUGUAAAAGGAGUCUUUGAUGCUGCCAUUAAAGUUGUGCUCCAGCCACCCAAGGCGAAGAAAAAGAAAGGAAAGUCUCAAAGGGCCUGUUCAAUUUUGUGAUCAACAGUAGGUCUGAGGAUAUUCCUGGUCAUAGUUCACGCUGUAAUCUGCCCCCCUCACAUCUGUUUCUGUUUCCCUUUUCUUGGAGGAAGCUAUUGGUGAUCUCUUGAAGUGUCAGAUGGCUCGAUUUCUUGUACUGCUGUGAUCUCUGAUUACUGAGUCUCAUAGCACGCUCUAGGCCGCUCUAUUCUGUCCUCGCUGUUUUGAUUUGUUUUAUGUAUUACCGACUCAAAGAUCAA